AUGCCCAACACGCCCAUCCAAGACAGAAUACAAAACAAAUCAAAAGAACUAGAACAACUACAACAAGAAUCAAAUAAUUUAAUAUUAGAAUUAGAACAUCAAACUUCAAUAAAUCCUGAAGAAAUUGUUAAAUCUCAUAUUUUGGGAUUGAAAAAAUAUAAUGAAUUAAAAGAUGUUGCUAUGGGGUUGAUUACAAUGAUUGCUGAUCAAAGACAGUUGAAGAUUAGUGAUAUAUUGAAGGAGAUGGAGGUUGAGAAGGAUGAGAAAUGA